UCUCCAUGCGGAGCCACUCUUCUGAACUUGUCCAUCUGAGGCUGAAAAUGAGAGCGCUGAUAUUCGUCCUCCUCCUGACCCGCUUCUUACAAAUCUUACAAUGUGUGCAGGUUACGGACAGUGGGUACAGUUUCUCCCUGGAGGCAGUGAAGACCCUGAAAAAUCUUAUGGAGACUGACACAAGUUCAAACCCGCGACAGACCUACGGCGAUGCAGCAUCCCUGUGUGCCGACCCUGACCUGCCAGGAGAGAUCAGAGUGAUGUGCAGAAAAGAUGAUGCUGAAGAAGUCUUCCAGCGUCUGGUGAAAAUCAUCAGUCCUAUAGACCCCUGUGAGAUCUGCGCCAAUGUGGCCUGCACCGGCUGUUAGAGCGGACAUACUCCCAGCAUCACAGCGUUCAUAUACAUCACUGCCAUCAUACGUGCAUCUAUCUACAGAACAGCGAGUAAAAUAUAACAGGGUAAAACACAUAUGACUCAUUUAAUUUUACACAACAAUGAGAAAAAUAUGUAUUUUAGUGUGUUUCAUAAAAUGUUUGGGUCACAUAGUACAGAAUGA